CCCACGUGCUCGGUGUGAGCUCUCGUUCUGGCGGCACGCGGCUCAGCCGUGGUGCAGCUCCGCGCGCUCUCUGCGCUCUGUGACACGAAGCCGCGCGCCCCCCAACAUGCCGCCCUCACGACCACUUGCUGACCUGAGAGCAGGACCCGAACUCUGACUGAGAGGCGGGGAUGAACAGCACUCCGCCCGGACUACGGUUGCUUAGGCCUCCGACAGUGAUAGGCCAGUUCCACACGCUGUUCUUUGGCUCUGUGCGCAUGUUUUUUCUUGGGGUCCUUGGAUUCGCUGUUUAUGGCAAUGAGGCCCUGCACUUCAGCUGUGAUCCGGACAAAAGAGAACUAAACCUCUACUGUUACAACCAGUUCAGGCCUAUAACACCUCAGGUAUUCUGGGCAUUGCAGCUUGUUACUGUGUUGGUGCCUGGGGCUGUGUUCCAUCUCUAUGCUGCCUGUAAAAAUAUAGAUCAGGAGGAAAUCCUUCAACAGCCCACUUACACAGUCUUUUACAUCAAAUCUGUCCUGUUGCGAAUCGUGCUGGAGGUCAUUGCAUUCUGGCUCCAGAGUCACCUCUUUGGCUUCAAGGUUCACCCUCUUUACAUGUGUGAUGCCAGUGCUCUUGAGAAGAUGUUCAACGUCACUAAGUGCAUGGUCCCUGAACACUUCGAAAAGACCAUCUUCCUCAGUGCAAUGUACACCUUCACCAUCAUCACCAUACUACUCUGUGUUGCUGAGAUUUUUGAGAUACUCUGUCGAAAACUGGGCUUUUUAAGCCAACCAGUGACUUGAGAUUUUGAACAGUUUGUUUUGAAAGGAACUUCUAUCAUGAUUGUCUUGGAUGUCUUCAUUGGGUGUCUGAUUAACAGAAAAGACAAAGACUACAUACAUCUUCUAAUUCAAGAUAUCUUAUUCAAGACAGCUGCAGCACAUACAGGAUCACAGUGUUCCAGAUGGCUCCAAUGAAAUCAUGCCAGGGCCAUAUAUUUCUGAUUUAGGAUUCUGAGGGAAAUUAAUGGUAAAAAUUGGUAAUAGAUCUAUUUUAAAUAUUCAUUAUUUGCAAGAUAUGAUAGAACAGAUUAUUAUUUUAUUUAUUUUAUUUUUUACAAAUACUAAAGAUGUCUAAUGAUGUUGUUGCAACAGAAACAUAUGCAGAUCCAUAGACCUUACAGAGAACAUCUGUUUAUCAGGAGUGUUAGUAACACAAACACAAAUGUGAAAACUACUUGAGAUCUGUUGCUUAAUGGCACUAGUGAAAAGCCGAGCUACCACACACAGUUACGAAAUGUGUUAAAUUAGUGGCUUGGUUAGUUACACAACAUUUCACCAAGUUCAACCAAAAUGCACCGCUUUGACACUAGGUUUUCCAACAUAGCCUCCUUAUUACUAUUAUGCUUUCACUUAUGGUAAUUAAUUCCACAUAAGUUUUUUUUUUAAGUCCAAAUUGUGCACAUUGGUGGGAAUAGUGUUUUUCUCUAUUCCUUUAGAAGCUACGUCACACAUGCAGUAUGACAAACUUGAAAAAAUAAUUGCUACUGUUUUACUGAUACAAAUAUUACAGACAAAAAGUCUGUAGACAUAUUUGCUGGCCAGAGGCCCCCUUGUUUCCAUCAACGCCACUGUAAAAUAAUUGUUUUCCUACAAUCACUUGUUUUAACUCAAGCCACUCUAAAGGCCUCUGUUUACAUCUCAGAGACUGAAUUAUACAGAUGUUAUAAAUAGUUGAAAUCUCCCUUUAAUACUGAUAUUGAUUUACAUUUUAUGUUGUAUCUGUUUGAGAAGGAUUACCUCUUUUGUUUGGUUUUAAUUGUAUCUAUAAGGUAUUAUCAGACAUCCAUCCAACUUUUGUUAUUAUUCUCAGCUAAAUGUAUCAUCUCAGGUACAACAUGGCAUAAUGUGUAUUUGUAUCACUUUUUGUCUCGUUGACUGUUUACCUCUACAAAAUCUCAAAGAAGAGUUACAUACCAUUCUGUCCAACUGUUUUACAAGGGUUGCAAACAGUACAGCUGUUAGUUUUUUUUUAUUUGCCAUAAAGGGGUUUGAUUUAUAACAGCCUCCUUUACAGUGCGUGUUCAGUGCCUUUUUAAAAUGGGAAUUAUGCAGAAAGGUAAAAUAUUUAGAGCACAUUGUACUGACUGCUGUGAAUGUUUAGGGAUGUAGUCAGCUGCUUAUGUAUUGAGGGCACUCUUAGCUAGAAAGGAUUAUUAAUGUCUAUGAAGGGUCUGCUAAAUCCAUUAAAGUAUAUAUAGAGUAAUUGAAAAAAAGCACUCUGGUUAUGUUUCUGUUGGAUUGUGAUAAUUUAAAUGGCCUAACAGAACUAAACUGGUGGGCAUUCCUGAAAGCUGGGUUUCUCCAUUUUUAGCCCAAACUUUCUAGAUUGUCAUCUCGGAACAAAGCUGAUAGACAUUCCAGAUUUGCAUUUCCUUCACUUUU